AUGGGCCGUUAUUAUUGUGAUUACUGUGAUGCGUAUCUCACGCACGAUUCCCCAUCAGUGCGCAAGACUCACUGUAGUGGUCGGAAACACAAAGACAAUGUUAAAAUCUAUUAUCAGAAAUGGAUGGAAGAACAAGCCAAAAAGUUGUUAGAAACAACGCAAAAGGGUCGUCCCGGUGGCGUUCCAAUGGCCUUUGGGCCACCUCCGGGAAUGGCAUUUCCUCCCGGAUUCCGACCGCCCGGAAUGCCGUUUCCGGGAGGGCCUCCGAUGAUGCCACCAGGAGCGGGAAUGCGGCCGCCGAUGAAUAUGCCUCCAGGGGGUCCGUAUCCGUUUCCACAAGGCCCUCCGCCUGGAAUGAUGCAACCAGGACCAAUGCCUGGCGGCGGUGGAAUGCCGAUUCGCUGA